AUGUUGCGGAUUACGACAGACAGCGAUGCCGACGCCUUCUGGCUUGCACAGGUGCAUUUCAACAACAACAAUUAUACCCGAGCAUUGGCUCUGCUUUCUCGAAAAGAUCUUGUAUCGCGAAGCACAUCAUGCAAAUACCUGGCCGCUCAUUGUUACAUCAAACAAAACAAAUUCGAAGCUGCCCUCAAUAUUCUCGGAGAACAGAAUCCGACCCACCUCAUUAGCUCUGCAAACCAUAGCCGACGUAAAAUACAGCACCUGAACGGACAUAGCCACGUCACUCUUAGGAACGGGAAAACAACUUCGUCCAGAUUGGACCGCGCGGAUAGGAGUGAGGAACGAGACCGAGAAGAUGCGAAUAACUUGCGUUUUGAGGCGGCCAUGUGCUAUUUACGCGGACUUUGCUACGCAAAACAGAAUGCAUUUGAUCGCGCCCGCGACUGCUAUAAGGACGCAGUGAGGAUAGAUAUUCAAUGCUUCGAGGCCUUUGAUCAGCUCAUGAAGAAUUCGCUUAUGUCUCCGGCGGAAGAGCUUGAAUUUUUGGAGUCUUUAGACUUUGACACUAUUUCGGUGCCGUCCGAUCCAUCAAGGUCACAAGAAGCCGCGCAUUUUGUGAAAAUGCUGUAUACUACAAGGCUCUCGAAAUAUACCUCGCCUUCGACGCUUUCCAAUGCUACCGAGACGCUUUCUACACACUACAAUCUUUCCAACAACCCCGAUAUCCUCCUUUCACGUGCCGAGGCACUAUAUACACAAUGCCGUUUUGUCGAAGCUUUGGAGCUUACAUCUUCUAUUCUUACGACUCCGGAGACGGGGGCUGUGACGACCGACGUCUCGGUUGUCCCUGGGCAGAACCUCGGCCAUUCACCCGCUGUUUACCCUUUGCAUCUUGCAUGUCUUUACGAGACCGGUGCUGUCAAUGCUUUAUUCUUGCUCGCGCAUACGUUAGCCGAUAAUGCGCCGGAAGAAUCGUAUACAUACCUAGCCAUUGGGGUGUAUUAUCUUUCGGUGGCCAAAAUCGCGGAGGCGCGACGUUUCUUCUCCAAAGCUUCCCUCCUAGAUCCUCAUUCAGCACCAGCUUGGAUUGGAUUUGCUCACACUUUCGCUGCUGAGGGCGAGCAUGACCAAGCAAUCGCUGCUUACAGCACCGCAGCACGGUUAUUUCAGGGCAGUCAUCUGCCACAGUUGUUUUUGGGAAUGCAACAUUUAGCCUUGAAUAACAUGUCACUUGCGCACGAGUACCUAUGCGCUGCAUAUUCCAUGUCCUCAGGGUCACCAUCAGGCUCCCUGACAACCAUUCCAAACAUGCCCUCCAGCGGACUGCCGUCACUCGGUGGCGAUCCCUUGGUUCUCAAUGAAUUGGGCGUUGUCCUCUAUCACCAAUCCCAUCUCGAAUCGGCAGCAGAUUUGUUUCGUCAGGCACUGGCACUGGCAAAUUCACUACAAUGUGAUCCGGGGGCAUGGGUGGCCACGCGGGCUAAUUUAGGGCAUGCUCUGCGGCGCAUGGGUAACCUCAACGAAGCUCUUGCCGAAUUCGAUGAGUGCGUGAGAGUCGGUGCAGGAGGUGGUACCACAGGCUACGGUGCUGCAAUAGGGGGCGUUGCUGCUACGUCGGCGGGUGUGGCAGGAUACGAAGAUCGCGGAUUGAUUGGUUCGCUUCACACUUCGCGUGGGCUUAUCUAUCUACAGCAAGGACGAACACUAGAAGCUGUUACCGUGUUACAUGAAGCUGUGCGGGUUCUCGGAGUAAGCGGUGGCGAUGCAGCGGGUGGUGCCGGUAUCGCAGGCACUAUUUUGUCUCGUGCGUUGGAACUAUGGUCUCUUGAAGGCCGAGGCAAAGAUGUUCGAGCCGGGAACAGUGGACGCCAAAAGAGGGAGGCAUUGGCACGGACGAGGGAAGAACCUUUCGAAGACAGCUGGACAGAUAACGUUGUUCAUGCCGGUGGCACUUCUGAGGAAAAUGUUGAGAUGGAGCUAGAUGAGCAUGCGAAAGGUCUUCUAGGCAUUGCCUUGACUAGAGUACGACCUCAACGCGCCGGCAAAAGGCCUCAGAGACCACAAGUUGAGCACCCACAAGAGAUGGAACUUGAAGAACCUGCUGAGCGAAGUAGACGAGGGAAUUCGCAAUUGCCCCCUAGUCGGCGCAGUCCAACACGUCGAGUACAGCCUAGGCGUGCUGACGAUGUUUGA